CCCCGUUGAAGUUGAUAGUUUUUAUGAAAAUUAUUUUCACGGAUUAACCAGCCAAUGUUUAACCAACGACGCAUUCAGUUUCUCAAAAUCUUAUUGCGAUGGAUCCCUCAACUGAUCUGGUGUAUUUGAAAAAAAUAUUAAUGAGCUCGCAUGCACAUUAUGAAAAUCCACAUACCGAGGCUAUGACGGCUGGAACGACGAAAACCAUUCUGACCAAGAUGUGGGCGAAAUUCCCGGAAGUGCCGGAUCUCGAAAAUGAGUUCAUCAUUUUCCACACUCAACUGUUGCACAAUUGGCACUACAUAUCAGUCUUCAAUUUCUUCCCUUUGGAUUAUUCAUACCUCUACAAAGGUUUGUGCGUCAUGAUGGCCUAUUUUAUUUUGAUGAUCCAAUUGGAGAUGGUGACGCUGAAUUCAAACUGAAUAUUGUGAGUCAAAGUAAUCUCUGUUUCCAAAAUUGUGAAAUUUAGACGCCAUAGAAGGUCAUGGAACAUCCUAUAAACAACAACAUGUAACACAUCGAGAAUCUAAAGUCGUCAGCAUGCAGCUAAGAUAAAGUAAGAUGGUAAGAUGCAUUUCAGUUAUAAGACCAAGUCGUAGAAUCGACAAUAGCAAAAUUGGACAGCAUAGAAACCAACGAAACAAAGUGGUUCAAUUUUCGAAAUCAUGUGAGAGGUCAGUCUAUGAGCCUUGUACAAGACCACAUCGAAGUUUGCUUCAAAUUAUUACAAAAUUUGAUCCAGGAAUAUCCUGUAGAAACCUAGUUUCCACGAACAGCUCUCCACAAAAUAUCCUAGAGGUAAAAAUAUUCUUUACCAAACAAAUUUUCGGUAGAUCGAUUGUUUGACUUUCGGCAUGGAAGCCAUGUACGAUUUGGUUUCGAUUUUUGCCAGAACCAAUGAUUCAAAUUUGUCAAAAAACGAAUCAUUUUGGUUGAUGAUAUCUUAUUUGGACGAUUGACUCCAUAUCGCGGCAAUGCAAACGUAAAAAACGCAAAUCUUUGUAAGCUUAAAUAUUUUUCUCACGAAAAUUCAUCUCAUCGUACAUGCAUGUAUUGUAUGUAUGUAUGUACAGUAGAACCGUCGAUAACCUGGAUCAAUUGUGACCGAACCCAGUCCGGAUUUUCGAACAGAACCAAGAAAAAUUUGCUUGAGAUCAUAACAAAAAAAAAAACUUGCUAAAACCGUUGUAAUGAUUCACUUCAGUAGUUUGAUAAUUGAAGCAGACAAAUAAAACCAUCAAACAAUUUGAAUUCAUAUUAUAUUAGAUUAAUGAAAAAUAUACAUAAGUAUAGGUACGCACACAAUGUAAGUAUGUACAAUACAAUACAUAUUUAUGUAUUCAUGUAUUUGCUUGGAAUUGUUUUUAUCAACGGAAUGCAAUCCGGAUUAUGGGCAGUCGACUGUAUUUUCGUGCCUUUUUCCUAACCUCCCUUUCGCCGAAUCGCAACGUCUAUCCCGCACUGCAUUGCGGUUGACCGCAAGAGCAUCGCAUUGGAUUUAUCAACCAGUGUCGCUGAAUUUGAAUCGUCAGUUUUGCACUUUACUAUGCGGUUGUGUUUUAUUGAAUUCAACUCCGCUAUCCCCCAUUCGGGGAAUGCUAUUUGUGUGAAUAAUUAAAUCUCAUCUGCGAAUAGCAGCUUGUCGGUAAUCUACAUUCGACCAAAAUAAAGGGUGAACCUCCGAAAACGUCACGUUACGUCCAAACCAAAAAUAUGACAAAAACGGAUAUUUAGGAAAUGAUCGAAGCCGGUCGCCGCAAUUAAGUACUCGUGAAAUUGUUUGUUUGUGAAACAUAUAAAUUAGUGGAAUAAAAUUAAUCAUGUGUGUAUGAAGUUACGGUAAAUUAUUAUACACUACUGUAAUGAUUUAUCAUAUUCGAUCGAUUUUAUAGAGCGAUAACGAUUUUGGUCACAUGAGGCAAAGUAGUUUAAGGAUAGAAUACAUUAGCAUUUUCUUCAGACAUCCGACGAAGCUUUGUUGGAAGCCUUAGCCAGGCCUAUAAAAUUUUUUAUCCUAUUCCCCAUUCUCCAUUCGUCAAUGUCUUGAGACAUGAUCAAUUUGUAUGUCAACGUCCACCUUUCUAUUUAUUUCCUAGUGACCUUCCGGUGUCGGUUAGCCAACAGAGCUGACGAACCUCGCCAAGCUAAUAAAAUGUCUAGUAAACAUGUACCAUUUUUACGAAUUUCUGUUCAUCUUCUCCGAAAAUUAUGAUCCAGGUGUCAUUCGAUUCAGAAUGAUACCUAGAAAUUUUUUAAAAAAUUUCAAGUGACGGAACAACAAAUUGUAAAACUGAUGAACAAUUCAGCGAAAAAAAAAACGGGAGUUUGGGUCUUUGCGAAUAUCUCAAAAACUAUGGCAGAUAUAAAAAAUCGAAAAAAAGAUUCUUCAAAAGCGGGAAAUUUCCUACGAAAAAUCCCGCCUCCCGAAACUCCACCGCCAUUAUUUAUAAUUUUAAUUUCCAGGCGAAAAUAGGGCUGAAAACGGGUGAAGUUAGUUCAGCGCACGCCGACCGAUUCGGCGACUUGAACAACAAAAAUCAGUUUUCCCCCAAUUGUUCAAUCAGAUAUCUUUUUCUUAAUGAAGUUUUUUUUACAAGUCACAACUGAACAUACAAAUCCAGAUAAUUCUAGAAAUAGGAAGCUGAGAUUUUUUUUAAUGCCUGGAGCUAUGUUUCAAAAACUUCACAAGAGAUCCCCGUUGAAAAAAGUGGAAAAUUUGUAUCGUCAUACGAAAGGUUUUUUGUGUCAUGUCUUUAGAUAAAAAACAUGCGCCAUUAGUCAACGUGUUUUAUGCAUCGUGUGACAUACUUGUUGCUUCGGCUGUUAUUUUUACCGUACUCGUAUCCGCAUUCAGAAGUGAUAGAAUUUUAGAAAUCGUUAAACGAAUGCGUGACAUCAAUUAUGAGGUAAAAAUAUUGAA